CCAGGGUGUGUGCGAAAUCCCACAGUGGGCAGCUGGGGAAGUGGGCACACAGAGCAGCUCCCUAUAUCUGCUGGAAGUGAUUACAGGAAGGAGUGCAUCAAAAAAAGACAGAAGAUUGGCUAUUUUCAUCUUACCAAACUUUUGCACUGUUGAAUCUCCCCUGCCACCUCUGCUGGGAGGAAAGGCAGGUGCGUGCCACAGGUGCUUGCUGCAAGUUGCCCUGGCAGCUGGGAGAGAGCAGAGAGAGACACACACAAAUUCAUUUCGCCGGGAAACAGCUCUAGAGGCACUCGAGUGCAAGCACUGGAAACACUGCAGCCGUGCUGUCUCUAGUUAGGUACGGUAUGUGCAGAUGUGGAAUGCAUCUCCGAGGCAGCACACUCCCCCUUCUUGCAGUACACAGACAGCUGUGUGCGAGGAUCACUUGCAUUUGCUCCUGACCGGGGAAAGGCUCAGUGUGUCGAGCAGUGUGAGUCCAGAGCAAUGUAACCUGUUCCUUUGUGUUUGAAUUUACUGACCAAGCACUGAGCUGAUUUGGCUCCUGGGGAGUGGAGAAGCACAUGAGCAAAUGCACUUUUCUCCCCUGGUGGGAAGCUGGUUUGAUGCCUUAUUACUGUAAUUGCCAAAUCCAUCAGUCUUUGCAAGCUGUCUUCAAGACUUCAUCCUCUUUCACUCUCUGCUCAGGAAGGAGAGCGACCUUAUUUUGACAAUGCUCACAGAAAAGUGCUUGGCAUUUGUUUAUUCUUCACUGUAUCUCUGGUCAUCCUUGUUCCUCUCACUCUUCAAAGUGUCUCAGCAGGGGGAAAGCCAGAGGCGCUUGUACAGAGAACUGCUGAAGAACUACAAUCGUCUGGAGCGACCUGUAGUGAAUGACUCCCAACCGCUCGUAGUCGAACUCCAGCUUUCCUUGCUGCAGAUAAUUGACGUGGAUGAGAAGAAUCAGGUGUUGAUCACCAAUGCUUGGCUGCAGAUGUCCUGGGUUGACGUUUACCUGUCUUGGGAUCAGUAUGAAUACCCAGGAGUGCAGAACUUGCGAUUUCCGGCCGACCAGAUUUGGGUACCAGACAUUCUUCUGUAUAACAGUGCAGAUGAAAGAUUUGAUGCAACAUUUCACACAAAUGUGCUGGUGAACUACUCUGGAUCCUGCCAAUAUAUUCCUCCAGGCAUUUUGAAGAGCACAUGUUACAUUGAUGUCCGCUGGUUCCCCUUUGAUGUGCAGAAGUGUGAUUUGAAGUUUGGCUCCUGGACUCACAGUGGCUGGUUGAUUGACCUGCAGAUGCUCGAGGCUGAUAUUUCCAACUACAUCUCAAAUGGAGAAUGGGAUUUAGUGGGUGUCCCAGGGAAGAGGAAUGAGAUGUACUAUGAAUGCUGCAAAGAGCCAUACCCAGAUGUGACGUACACCAUCACCAUGCGUCGACGCACCCUCUACUAUGGCUUGAACUUGCUCAUUCCCUGUGUUCUCAUAUCUGGCUUAGCACUGCUUGUAUUUCUUUUGCCAGCUGAUUCAGGGGAGAAGAUUUCUUUAGGUAUCACUGUCCUCCUUUCCCUGACUGUAUUCAUGCUGCUUGUGGCUGAAAUCAUGCCUGCAACUUCUGACUCCGUCCCACUAAUAGCUCAGUAUUUCGCUAGCAUCAUGGUCAUCGUUGGUCUGUCUGUGGUGGUGACAGUGCUGGUUCUGCAGUUUCACCAUCAUGACCCCCAAGCAGGAAAGAUGCCCAAAUGGGUCCGUGUCAUCCUGUUGAAUUGGUGUGCCUGGUUUUUACGAAUGAAAAAGCCUGGGGAAAACAUAAAGCCCCUCUCUUGCAAAUACAGCUAUUCCAAGCACCAGCUGAGCGUAAACAGCAUGGAAGUGAACGUCCUUCCCGGGCACCAGUCCAGCAAUGGCAACACCAUCUACAGCUACCACGCCAUGGAGAGCCCGUGCUGCCCACAGAACGACCUGGGCAGCAAGGGCGGAAAGAUGACUUGCCCUUUAGCAGAAGAUAUUGAGCUUGUGCAAAAGAAAGCUUUAAUGGAUACUCUUCCAGUGAUUGUGAAGAUCUUGGAGGAAGUCCAGUUCAUAGCAAUGCGGUUCAGGAAGCAAGAUGAGGGUGAAGAGAUCUGCAGUGAGUGGAAGUUUGCAGCUGCUGUCAUAGACAGAUUGUGUCUGGUUGCAUUUACCCUUUUUGCCAUCAUUUGCACAUUUACAAUACUCAUGUCUGCUCCAAAUUUUAUAGAAGCUGUUUCAAAAGAUUUUGCAUAAGAUUUUCAAAGAUGAGCAUGAUAAUCAAAAAGUGAAUAUUGCCAGUAAUUUUACUAGAUAAUUUAACUCAAAUAGAAAAGUGUACUUAUUUGUGCUAACAUACACAGAAGGGGAUUUAAAUAAUUUCAGGACAUAAUUAUUCCUGAUGUUAGUGAUUGUAGUUACUGCAUAGUAAAUAUAUUGAACUCUGUUACUUAUUUCAUAGACUAGUGCCACAUGUAACUAUGUCAUGAUCUGUGAUAAGUGAUAGACAAGAAUUCAAUACAUUACAAUACUACAAUAUAUUUAUUACAAGUUGACACUAGUAUCAAUGUGUUACUUUGAAUUUGUGAACUUUUGGAUAUUGUUGAUUUAAACGAUCAUUGAAGACUAUAAGUUUUGCAUCAUUUUGUUGUUUUCAGUAUGUCUGUGUUUUAUAAUUACUGUUUGGCGUGGCUGUGACAUGCACUUCUCAGAUUUGAAAGACAUAUCUCCAGUCUCAUGACGCUGUAUAUUGUAUUUAUGAAAAUAAACUGUCAUCAUAUUAGCUCCAGCUAGCAUAAGGACUGGAAUGUUUUUCUUGUAAAUUUGUUAAGAAUGUAUCUUUCCCAGAAAAUCGCUUUGUGGUUUUGGUUUUUUUUUCUUUUAAUUAGGAAAUAUUGGUUGUGACAUUGGAAAGAAACUUCUUUCUCCUUGCUGACAAUCAUAUAUAUAAUGUACAAUGCUUGCUUAACUGUUUCUGUCACCUUGAAAGUCUACUUAAUUUAAAAUAUCAGUGUUCUCUUGGAACACAGUUGCCAGCCUAAUGCUGAGUAACUGUGUGCAAUUGGGACAGAAUCUUGUGUCUCCAUAAUAUCUAGGAAAUGUUCCACAGAUUUAAUUUGGCUCAGAUUUCCUAUCUAGUGUACACCACCAAUGCAGUAUUUUUUGAAAAUUCUAUUAGUACAGUCUUCUUUCUGUGUGGUCACUAGGCUUUGUUAAAAGGAGUGUAUAAAAGACUAAUUUUAUUUUUCUAACUUUAAUGUAUCAAUGUUUAUUAUCAAUUUUCUGUCCCUAAAUAUUCUCUAAUAUAAUGUCUGUAUAUUAAUAAAAAAUAAUUGAAUUAUGCCACUUCCUGGAAUCUAAUGGGGAAAAAAAGCACUCUUCUUAAUAGCAGCUUUUUUCUACCCAGUACUGUGGGUGGGAAUGACACCUCUGUUGCAUGGUUUUAUUUUCCCUACUUAUCACAACAGAGCUGUAAAAGAAUGUGGUCUGAUGUAAACACCUUUCCUCUUUGGAGUAACAAAACACUUCUCUGAAUGUUCAGUAGAAGAAAAUAACAAUCUAUUAUUCUUCUCUGGCUGACUUUCAACUUCCUGCUCUUCCAGGAUUAGUAAAAAAUUAACAUUUCCCUUAUCUGCAUGAUGGGAUCCUUCCACCAUCACCAUCAGAGAGAAAAAAAAUAAUCAUUUUACUAAACGGAAAGUACUUCCAUCUAAAAUGGAUAGUGGAGCUGGUAGUUCUACACAUUGAAGCAAUAUGCUACUAUUUCUGUAAGGAAAAGGCCCCUCAGCUUUUCCACUAUGGCCUUUAUUAGGUGGUGAUAAUUGGCUUUAAAUAGAGACUUCACUGUUUUGAGUGUUAAACCUCUGUAGCAGUAAGAUUAGAUCAUCACAACCAUGGAUUUCUCAUACUUCUUGAGUUAUAUUCAAAAAAGCACCUAAGGAGGUCAACCUAAGAAGGUCUGACUACAGUGACCAGUUUUAUUUUUCACAUAGCUUUCCUGGUUACUUCAGCUCCAGGUGCAGUUCCAAGUGGUAACUGGUAAUGGCUAAUGGUAAAAUCCCCUGCUGAAAAUUCUGUCCGUACUUCAGAGAGAGAUCACUUCUUCUUCAUAGUGCUCUAAGUACCUCUUUCCAAGCCUGAAGGAGGUAACUCCCAAUACCUGGUUAUUUCUCAGAUUUUCCUUGCUGAGGUACAGAAUGUGAUUCAGGAGGGUUUUUCCUAAUGGAAAAACCUCAAUGAAGAACAGAAUUAUUUGGGGGAGGUUGGGCUAGUUACACCAGGCUCUUCUCUUGGACAGAAGGUGAAAUACUCAUUUCAUUUACCUGUUAGUUAAAAGUGUAAAUAUCCAACUAUUUCUGCACCUUGUGACGAAGGAUGCUAAAUGAACUUUGCAGGACUUGUUCAAGAACCACUGAUAUUUUUGCUUGAAAAGCAUUUUUGAAAGUAAUUUUCAG